AUGACUACUGCAAUACCUAGAUCAUCUCAUGCAUCAAUUAUAACUGGAUCAACUUCAGAUCCAUUUAGACAAAGUUAUUAUCAUCAUAAACAUUCAACAAGUAUAGGUACAAAUACAUCAUCAAUCAGAAAUCAACCAUAUAAUAAACAUCAUUCAACAUUAAACCCAUUUGAUAUAAUAUAUACAGAUGAAGAUUUUACUACAAAUAAAAAAUCCCCCAAUAAAUCAUCAACAACAACUAACAUAGAUUUAUCAAAUAAUCCAUCAAUUCCAUUACAUAUAUCACAAAAUCAAUGGCAUAGUUCAAGAAAUUAUAAUUUAAUAUCACAUAAUAUAAGUACUGGUGGUUCAAUAAAUAUGUUAAAAGAUUCAAUAAAUAACAGUAGUAAUGAUACAAAUUUAUCAAGACAAAUUCCAAAUCCAAUUGUAACUUUAAUUGAUCCAUUACCAAAAAGAUCAGGUUCUAUGGUUUCUAGAUCUGCUACUUUAAGAAAUAGAUAUAAAAUUAAAUCUAGGAAUAAAACUAUUAAAAGAAAAGAUAUACAUGAAGGAUUUAUACAUGUUAAUGGCAAUAAUAACAACAAUAACAAUGCUCAUGUUAACACUAAAGAUCCAUCACCACCAACAUCACCGACUUCAUCAAAAAAACCAAGUUCAACUUCAAAAUGGCCGAAAUUUAUAUUCCCAGUAUUACGUAAAAAAUCAUUAAAAUAUCAAUCAAUAACAAAACAAAUCCCCAAUUUUAAAUCAGAAAAUCAAUUUCAAAAUUAUAUAAAUUCAACAAAUUAUAAUAAUAAAAUAUUGUCAUUACUUCCUUCAACAAUGAAAAUGUGGAAUUAUACAGAGCAAUUACAUCCACAUCCAUUAUUAAAUUAUAAAAGCAUUCACACAACAAAAUUUGAAUCUAAAAAUCAUACAAGAUCAAAUUCAAUUAAUCUUAUUGAUCAAUUAUAUUCAUCUUAUAGAUUAAAAGUAUUUCAACUAAAUCAAAACUCAAAUAAUCAAAUUCCUAAGAAAUAUCAAAAAAUCCCACCAAAAUUUCAAAAAUUGUACCCUAAAGAUUCAAUACUUUUAACAAAAAAAGAACUUCAUCAAUUAAACCUUAAAAUUUUAGUUGAAAUCCUUUUAAGAAGAACAGUAGCAGCUAAAAUGGAAUAUAGACUUAAAAAUAAUGGAGUAAACUUCACAAAACAACAACAAACAUCUUCAAUAUUUUCAUCCUCAUCUUCAUCUUCAUCAUCAUUAUCAAGUUCAACAAUGAGUGAUACUAAUACUCAAUCAUCUUCAUCAUCAACUUCUUCCAACCAUCAACAACAUCAAAAAGAUCAUCAAUCAUCUUUUUCUAAUUCUUCAAAACCUUAUAAUAAUGAUGAUAUUUUAUUACAAAAUCAAUCAAUGUUUGAAGAUCUUUUAAUGAGUAAUUCAAAUCCAUCAUAUACAAAUUCACCUAAAGAAAAUUUAAAAACCAAAAAGAAACCAACUACAUCACCCAAAAAUCAACAAUUACAACAACAUAUACAAUCAAAAGCUUAUUCUUUUUCUUCUUCCAAAUACUCAGAUUCACCACCAAUUCCACAAACUAAUUUAAUGAAUCCAUUCAGUCUAGAUCCAAAAUCAAACACUCACACAUACUCAACCCAUCAAAAUAUCAAUACUAAUUCAUCAUUAUUAUUAUCUUCAAUAUCUAACCCUACAAAAAUAUCAUUACAAAAUUCAAUUACAUCAUUAACAAAACCACCAAGAAAAUCAAUAAAUACAUCAAACACAUCAAAUACUUCUCUCAAUUCACAAGAAAUGUUUAUGGAUUUAUCACCAAAAUCUCAUUUGGAUGAUUUAAUAAAUGAUUUUCAAAUUAAUGUUAAUGAAUUUGAACAAAGUAAAAAAAAUGGAUUUGGUUUUGGGGAGUUUGGGAAAUUGGGAAAAUUGGGAAAAUUAGGAAAUAAGAAAAUCAUACCUUAUAAUAUUAUUGAACCUGAUCAAUUAAUUCGUAAUAUGAAUGAUUAUGAUUUGUAUAGAUAA